UUACAGGUAAUUUGACGAAAUGAAUCCCUUGUCAGCAGAUAUACAAAUACCAUUUCCUUCAGAUCAUGAGGCUGAAAUAGCAUAUGGUUCCCUCUCUGUAGAUAAAGAACCCAAAAGAGGAGGUGUCAGCAAAACUAUGACAUUCAGUCACAAUGUCUUGAACGUACAUUUUCAAGCCCAAGAAGCAAGAAUGCUGAGAGUCAGUAUCAAUUCAUUCUUUGAACAUUUAAAGCUGGUGGUUGAAACAAUGGAACGUUUUGGACCACCUAGAUAACAAACAGGAUAUCAAGAUCUUUAUCAUACAAAAAUGUCAUUGUAUCAAUGAUUGCAUUACAAAUAAAGUAUCAAGUAUACUAUA